GUGUCCCACCUCGCAUGCGGGGAUCCAAUGAGAACCCCUGAAAAUGCCUAGUGUGUACUAAUCUAGAUAACUCCUCGAUCAUCGUUUCUUGUACUCCACAGAAGGAGCACAUGAGGCACAUGGGUAGGUCAAGCAGGUCAAGUUAGCUGGUUACAUACGUAGGUAGAUCAUGGUAGUUGAGGAAGUUGCACAUGUUAGAGGAUCUUGUGUCAUGAAACUCUUCGACUUUAAUUUUACCUACCAAAUUCAACUUCUUUACCUAAUAGACAUCUUUACAGAAUUACAUACCUAUAGAAAAGUCCAUAGUCCCGCGACACCUUCCGAUCUCACUCUAGCGCCCUCAUACGAUGCCUAACCCGUGGGACUUCAACUCGGAGGCCGCUCAGCCAGAAGAAGAGAGACGAACUUUGUUGCGAGAAGGCGAAGUGAAAGCGCAGCGGAUAUUUUCCGGCUUCAUUGAUUUCGCGUUCUCGGGUAAUAUUCUCGAAAUUGCCUUUGGUUUGAUCCUUGCGACAGCGUUCACAGCUCUCACUACCUCACUCGUGAGCGACAUACUCCUCCCACCGCUAUCAGUCAUCCUCCCAUUACGGAGGAACAUGAACGAGAAAUUCGCGGUGUUGAGAGAAGGACCAAACUACGACGCCGAAGAUGGUUACAACACUCUCGAGCAGGCACGAAACGACGGCGCUGUCGUUCUGGCUUACGGUGUAUUCCUCAACCGAGUUGUCAACUUCUUAGGUCUUGGCCUAGCGCUCUACGGUCUAGCGAGUCUAUACCAGUACCUAGCAAAGGACCCCAUCAUCAAACACACUGUUAAAUGUCGAUACUGUAAGAAGCGUGUUAGUUCCAAGGCAAUUCGGUGUGUGAACUGCACCAGCUGGCUUGAUGGGCGUGAAGAACGAAUGCGAUAAAUUAGCACCAACCAACGAAUUGGUCACACAAUGUGACACCAAUUUGACAAGCUCGAGUUCUUUCAACAUACGGAAUGUCAUAUGAACCGCCAAGAUUUUGAUGCCCUCCUAAAUUAAAACGUCUCGACAGGUUUUAGGUGCGGGCAACGUUCUGCAGGAUGCUUUUAUUGGAGUCGAUCAAGUUUGGCAUCAUUUUUAGUCUUGCGCGGAUCGCAGUAGAGCAUCGGAGAUUGGAGAGAUAGCGGUGGGGGUUAUGGGUAAAGUCCCCCCCACUACGUCCACUUUCUAAAGGUUACGGCGGUAACGGGAUGUUGUGUAGGAGUUUUCGGGUCAUGGGGAAUUGAAUUCGAGUUUGAUUGAAGCAUGAAUUACUUGCGCCUUAUGACGUUAGACGACAGACAAGAUUGAAGAUAAAAAGGGAUUUUAUUGAUUCACAUUCUCAUCGGUUCAGUGGAAAAAAAUAAAAAACCAAAUCUUUAAAGAAAGGGGGCGCUUGGAGUAAGAUUUUCCCUAGACCUGAUUAGUCAGAUAAGACUGAUAAACAAUUUUAUGGUAGC